CUCUGCUGUAAACUGGAAGUUCUUUCAUUUUAGCUGAACGAGACCUGUCUGCUUGUUUUUCCCAUGGUGACUGUAUGUGCACCACAACCAUUACACAGACUCUAGUUUCGCGUCAGGAGGGAUAAGUGUCCAUCAAGACACCGGAGGCACGUAAUGAACGUGGAUGGUUUUGUUGACAUUUAGACGUGGCCGUGUUUCCUGUGCUCCUCUGUCAGACACUGGGAAGGUAACUUAGCGUUAGCGGCCUACCGAACUUUGUUGCUGACGAGCUCGUCUGGGAUUUCCGAAAGACACAAGUUAUCAGUUGGAGCAGCGAAAGACAGAGGGAGUUGCAGGGAUUCCAGCAUCCCUUAUCACCGUCUGGCCCUGAGAUGACAUCACAGCAGCCUCAUCUCCCCAAUGCUGUUUAUCCUCCCCAGCUUGCUCAGAACUCGUCUGCACAGCAGGCCCGGCCUCAUCUUCCGGCCAAUCAGCUGCACUCCAGCCAGAACAGUCCAAAUGCUGGGUCUCUGGAACACAGAGCACUGACUGGCAGGCCGGGGUGCUCCGGUGUGUCAACGUCCAGCGGAGAUGUUGCCAGCAGAAAUGUUUCUGCGACCAGCACCAACUCUAGCUUAUCCAGAAGAGAUGGGGGAUUUGAACCGUGGCCGGAGGAAGCAGUGGAUAACUCCCAUGGGCUGUACUCACUCCACCGCAUGUUUGACAUAGUUGGUGCCCAGCUAACACAUCGGGAUGUGAGGGUACUGUCGUUCCUGUUUGUUGACGUGAUUGAUGAGUAUGAACGUGGUGGCAUCAGGAGUGGAAGGGAUUUUCUGCUGGCCCUAGAGCGCCAGGGUCGCUGCGAUGAGACCAACUUCCGGCACGUUCUCCAGCUUCUAAGGAUUAUCACCCGCCACGACCUUUUGCCUUAUGUCACACUCAGGAAACGACAAGCUGUGUGUCCAGACCCUGUUGAUAAAUACCUGGAAGAGACAUCAGUACGUUAUAUUUCACCAAGAGGAACAGCGCAGAGCAAGGUCACGGCACCCCACAGAAGAACAGGUCCUCAGCCAGUCAUUUGCUGUUCCCCGUCAGGACCCCAUGUUGGCCCUCCCCGAAUAAAGCCAGCUCCCCCUGUACCAAACCGCAAACGGAAGAGAAGUCAUUCCUCAGCUGACUGCAGAGAGAAGCAAACAUGUGAUAUCCGCCUCCGGGUUCGUGCUGAAUACUGCCAGCAUGAGUCUGCGCUUCAGGGAAACGUAUUCUCCAACAAACAAGAGGCAGUGGAGCGACAGUUUGAGCGCUUCAACCAGGCCAACACUAUCCUCAAAUCCCGAGACUUGGGCUCCAUCAUCUGCGACAUUAAGUUCUCCGAGCUCACCUACUUGGAUGCCUUCUGGAGAGACUACAUAAAUGGAUCCUUGCUAGAGGCCCUUAAAGGGGUAUUUAUCACAGAUUCCCUCAAACAGGCUGUGGGCCAUGAGGCUAUAAAACUAUUGGUCAACGUCGAUGAGGAAGACUACCAGGCUGGUCGACGCAAACUGCUCUGCAAUUUGGUCACAGGGGGAGGAGGCCCACCAGGAGGUAGCAAAGACACUGUAUCUUAGACCUACUCUCAUGGUGCAAGCAUAUGGGAAGGAUGUAGCUGUGCCUCCCGCACAGGGAAUAAAGUGUCAUUUGAGGUGCCUGAAGUGUGUCAGAGAGGAACUGUGGACUUCCAGUCACCCAAUUGAUUUCCUUGAGAGCUAAGUUCAUAGGAUUUCUACUUGGCCACCAUGAGCGUAGCAUGCAAGCAAGUGAUUGGGAACUAUGUUGGCAAAGAAGUUGGCGAUGCAUACAGGUUGGCAUUACCUUGUAUCCUGAGCUGUUCUUUUUCUUUAAGGAGCAGAAUGUUAAUCUCAUAUGUGGGUUGACUUUGACUAAUUUCUGGUUUCUAGUAUGUUAGCUCAUUGAAUCACAUUGUUAACUCUUUACUCCUGUUCCAAAGUGGAGUUACUGUAUGUUCAAUCCAGGAAACAUGCUUAACACUGAUGAGUUACUCCCAGUGGGAGUUGUAUGUUAUUGUCACACAGGUUUGUCCUUUUUCCAGGUUUUUCAGGUACAUUACAGAUGGUUUGGAUAAACCCAAUAAGAGAGUGUUCUGUAUGUUAUAGAAUGGUGCAGACCCCAGUUGACUCACAGUUUGUCUCUUUCUGUUAGCUUACUGCCUGACUUUCCCCACACUUUGCAGAGUUGUCUUUUCUGUAAAGUUAAAUCCUGUCAGAGCGUUUGUAUGGCUCAUAUUUGGUCACUGUCAACAUUAUUGUGUCUUUACUCAUUAUACGCAUUAUGGCUCAUUACAGCAGCUGGGAUUCUGGCCCAAUUUGAUGUUUCAGCUGUCCAGUCACUGCCAAUAUUUAUUUGUGGAUCGCUCUAAUGUAUCCAAUGUGUCAUUCGCUGGUGUUUUGGAUUUGUAAAUCAGUGCCAGUUUCAUUGUCAGCCUGCACUGCUGGACAUCUGUUCACUUACCUUCUCACUCCUAUUCAUUAGUGAUAUAACACUGAACCUAAAUGGUAACAAAUCAACAGCAAGUAGUGAAAGUCACAGCCAGAAUGUGUGGUGUCAUCUCAGUUGUGCAGGAGGCCAGAACAAAUGAAAAUAAUUCACAUGACCUGUUUGUCUAAAGAUAAAGACAUGUCACCCUGUAGCUGCACUCGCACAUUAAACCCUCAGUAGUAUCCCUCUACAUAUAUGAUGAGGUUGUGGUUGAGUCCUCUGGGUGGUGUGAGCAAGUGCCCUCAGUGACACCCUUCUCCCUCAGGAGGGGUGGCAUCUCCACAGGCAUGAGCAAACUGAGCAGGGGGAUCUCUUGAUAGGGAUCUGAAGCGGAAACUACUGUGAGGACCAACAUAAUGGUGAGUUUCAGUGAACGUUGACACUCUAUGUUUUAGCACAUAGAUCCUGAACUGUGAUGUUCUUGUAGUGACACACCACUUAUACAUUGCAGCUUGAAAUGCUAAUGAACCAAAAUUGGAACGUUUUUUUUUAUCCAUUCACAGGAGACAUUAGAUUUGGUGGGUGCCUGUAACAAGUAUGUGUUGGUAGUAUUCCUCGUCAUAGCUUUCAUUUUAUACAGUCAUAAUAUACACGUGAUGGCCAGGCACACGUUCCCAGUCCUGGGAAGGCCCUAGAAAACACCAGAAUCUUUACAACAUGGAUCCACAAGAGAUUAGAGUUUGUGGUCCUGUUGAUGCAGUAGCUGUCAAUUUUGUGGCUGCAUACUCGUGCUACAAACCUCCCAUCCCACUAAGGAUUAUCUCUGUAUGUCUACAUUUAGUGAAAACAGCCUUUAAAUUAUGUGCUUCUACAUUUUCGGUGUUGUGAUUUGAAAAUGUAUUUUUGAAUUGGCACUGAACAUUUGCAUUCAAUCUAAAUGGUGAGCGGUGGAAUCAUACGGACACAGUUUCUAGUUAUAUUGGGCUGCAGUGGACUAAGAUGUCAUGAUGUCGUCAAAACUUAAAAUUUGUUUAAAAUAAGAGGUAAAGCAGAAAAGGUCAUUACUUGUUACAGCAGGACUGAUUGUUGUUUAGAAAAAAUGUUUAAUAGCAACAAUAUAGUAUUAGCAUAAUGCUAUUUUCUGAUGAGAAGAUUUAAAUUUUGUUACAUAAGUAGACCAGAGACUGAUUUUAGAAACAUGCCUGUCUCUAGAGCUAAUAUUUGACUCUUUUCUGUUAAUCAGUGAAAUAGACAAAAAAUACAUGCAGGCUCAUAUUCACUAGCAACAAAUGUGCACUUAGUCAGUAAAGAAUGAUUUGGACAGAGUUCUUCACUUAGGAUUCUUACAUCCUGAUAUUUGUACUUACUACUUUACAAAUGUGCAUCUUUCUUUUUGCCAAACAUUUAUCAAAUUUUGCCUCUGAUUUUAAAAUCCAAUUAAACUUCAGUUUUCCAUCAGUUAGAUAAGUGAAAUUCAACCGUUUGCUUUUAUGUUCCCUCUUAAAAGUUCAGUGUAUGUAUUAACCAAAUAUAUUCUUCCUGCUAAAGAAGCCCUAUCUUAUAUUUGCUGUCAUACCAUCCAUGGGUACAUGUGAGAACAUGCAAGUCAUGAUUGACAGGCCACUAUUACUCUGAAUUAUAUAGAGUUGGCCUGCAUUUUAUAUUUUUACCCCAAUGGAAUUUCAAAAGGUUGCAAGUUAGUAUCUAUUAUAUAGGUUGGUGUAUGUUAUGUUGAUUGUAUGUUAUGUUAGUUGUUCAAUGCAGCUGUCUUUUAAGCAACAUUGCAUGUAACCUGUUAUGAUCCCCCGAAAUCUCAUAGAAACUCUCAGUGUUAACAUUUGUAAAUAUCUUCAGAAUUUCCAGUUUUAUUAAUUCAGUUUUGCAUUUCUUUCAGAAAAUUGGCAAGUAGGACUGUUAAUAAAUGAAGCGGAUGGGUUUUGUUGAAGUUUUAUAUCACAUGACCAAUGUCUUUGGUGGAAAACAGUGUACAUUUUCCAGAUAUGAAAAUAUAGUGGACAUAUUAAAACUGCUUCCUGAUAGAUCUUAUUGUGGGCAGCACAAUAAUUUCAUAAAUUAGGCCUAAACCUUAUAGGUUAUAAUCACUUUGACACACAAACACUGUGUAUGAGGAAUUCCUUGAACACAUUUCCAGCCGUGCGCGAGAGCUUCUGGGUGCAUCUCAUUUCUGUUUUCCAUGUGUCCUCAUUCCCUUCACUCGCUCCACAGCUCUUCAAACUCACAACUGGAAGAAGGAAACAUCCAGGCAUCACAUUUUGUGUGGCAAACCAAGUUUAUUUGUGCCAUGAAUGUCCCUGCAGAGACUUGAAUGUAAUGUACACAGUGUGAACCAUACUCUGUUGCUUUCAACCCACAUGCUAAAUGAAACGAUAAAAGAUUUGGUGGUUAGUCCUGUUGACUUGUUUACCAAUAAAAGUAAAACGUUGCUGUGUUUCUAUUUGCCAUCGA